CUCACGUCCUUCCUUGUACACUAUCUCUAAUUUCCGAACAGCUGAUUUGCGAGGGCGAGAAAGACACGAUCAGAUAGAGGAAAGUGGAAUGAAAGAAGGAAUGAGCAAUGGAGUACACCAUCCAGCAACAUUCUGUCGCGCAUUUUUCGUAAGCGAACUCGCUAUGUUCUAGGUAUGCGUAAUCUUUGUUCUAAAUAUAUGUAACUAGCCAGCUUGCUACAAUUUUAGUAUAUCAUAGUGAAAGGACGUUUGAGGAUGCACAAGGUUGUAUGUAUUUUCUAUUAUUAAGUGGUAAAUUGGUAUAUGUAGUCAAUAUCGAGAGGUUGCUGUACCGAGCAAAAAUAUAGGUCACAUGAAAUGCGGAUAGUCAGAUGCAACCUAGAUUAGCUAGCUUGCUAGACUAGUUGUGAAAAUGGCAACAGUAGCUACCAGCUAGCUAGCUAGCUAAACGGCAAAAAUAAAAUCAGAAAAUCUAAAUUUCCGCUGCUAGCUAGCGACCUAAUUCGUUUAAUUAGGCAAAACGUAGCUGUGCAUUAGGUAGUUAUGUGGUCAUAUUUUAACUAAAACAGUUCACUGUCUAAUGUAGCUAUUGCUAGCAGACUAUUGUUUUGAAAUGAGCUUUCAGCGGCAGAUGCUAGACGCCACGAAAAUAAAACAAUGCAAUGGACCGUUUUAACACAGGGGAUCAAUAGGCAAUAUACCCCACGAUGUUUAGUGGAAUUGACGUAUUUUAUAUAAAUAUAUAUUCGAGAAUUAUAUCUAGCUAUGUUUUUUCCAUACGAGCUUGCUGUGCGAUUUGAUAGCUAGUUCCAAUAUUUAGCUAUCUUGCUAGCUAGCUAACUAUGUGAUCAGUUUCCGUAAUUUGGUCAUUUUAUAGACGCUAUUUUCAUCUACCUCAUGCUCAUGAACGUCAACUUAAGGUACGGUCAGUUGUAACGUUGGAGAUUCUGUAUUGUUUACAUUUCUUUGUGUUGGGCCUUUUAAAACGCCAACUGUUUCAACACUCCAAUAUUUAGCUAGCUAACGUUAGAUAGCUCUUUUUAGUUAGCAAGCGAAUGUUCAAAAACGUUGAGCUAGCUAGCUGCCUAGCUAGCUAGCGACAUCACUCAACGGCGAUUUAAAGUAAAAUGGCAUUCCACGGUACAAGCCGGCAGUCGGUGUGCGGUAGCUUGUUUCCUGGAACUGAGUUAGGCCAUAAGUAUUUCAGUGUCAACUCCUCUACUGGCACUACCUCCACUGGCCUCAGCGCCACCCCGAACCCGACUGGGCCGACUGCACCGGCGGGAACGCCUCGCCACCCGUCUGCGCUUGGUGGAGGCACCGGCGGGGGAGCCGCUGUUCCGCAGCCCCAUAGCAACCCGGCCAGCGAGGUACCAAGUCCCGCGGAAAUGGAGCCGGAUCGGCCAAUUGGCUAUGGAGCGUUUGGUGUGGUUUGGUCAGUGACUGAUCCCAGAGAUGGGAGGAAAGUUGCCCUGAAGAAGAUGCCUAAUGUCUUCCAGAACCUUGUCUCCUGCAAGAGGGUCUUCAGGGAGUUGAGGAUGCUGUGCUUCUUCAAACAUGACAAUGUGUUGUCAGCAUUGGAUAUUCUGCAACCUCCUCAGAUAGACUGCUUCGAAGAGAUAUAUGUCAUCACAGAGCUGAUGCAGAGUGAUCUCCACAAAGUCAUCGUCUCACCACAGCCCCUCACCACAGACCACAUCAAAGUUUUUCUCUAUCAGAUACUCAGAGGCCUGAAGUAUCUGCACUCAGCCGGAAUUCUGCACAGAGACAUCAAACCUGGCAACUUACUGGUCAACAGCAACUGUCUGCUGAAGAUCUGUGAUUUUGGGCUGGCACGGGUGGAAGAGCCAGACCCCUCACGUCACAUGACUCAAGAGGUGGUGACCCAGUACUACCGAGCCCCGGAGGUCUUGAUGGGCAGCCGGCACUAUGGCUCGGCCAUUGAUGUGUGGUCAGUAGGCUGCAUCUUUGCUGAGCUGCUUGGCCGGCGCAUCCUCUUCCAGGCUCAGAGCCCCAUUCAGCAGCUGGACCUAAUCACAGAUCUGUUGGGAACUCCAUCUCUGUCUGCCAUGGCCUCUGCGUGUGAGGGGGCCAGAGCACACAUCCUGAGGGGCCCCCACAAACCGCCGUCACUCUCAGUUUUGUACAUGCUGUCUGAUGGGGCCACGCACGAGGCUGUUCACCUGCUGUGUCGAAUGCUGGUCUUCGAUCCAGCCAAGCGGAUCUCGGGUAGCGACGCUCUCUCGCACCCAUACCUAGAUGAGGGCAGGCUGCGUUACCAUACCUGCAUGUGUCAGUGCUGCUACUCUGUUCCCAGUGGCCGGGUCUACACCCGGGACUUUGAGCCUGCUGCCGAGCGUCCCUUUAGCCAUAGCUAUGAGCAGAGUCUUCUCUCUGUGUGGCAGGGGAAAGAAUUGAUUCAUCGCUUCAUCACUGAGCACCAACAGGGAAAACGAGUGCCACUGUGCAUCAACCCCCAGAGUGCCGCCUUCAAGACCUUCAUCAGGUCAACUGCUUGGCAUUCCUCCAAAGUGUCCAGGAAAGAGGAGAGAUGAAGAACAGAGUUGUGAGGAGGUGUGGAGAGAAAGAGGCAGAGAAGAUCAGGUUCAUGGGAGCAGAAAUCGGAGGAGCAGAUGAGACUGGUCCUUCUGAAAUGGAUUUAUAUAAAAAUUGGUUUCACCUUGUUCAUGCCCAACAGAAAAUAAUGCAAAGCAAAUUAAGUGAACCUCGAGAUCAAGAACAGAACCGAGGGGAGUAAGAUGAGAUACAAGGGCAUAAAUAAUUUUAAAAUGCUGCUGAAAAUAAGCUUCAAAGGUUAGUUAAGGACACAUAAAGGAGAAAUAUAGAAAGAAUUAUACUAGUAUACUACUGAUAUGGUUGGUGUAUGAACAAGAAGGAUGAAAAGGAAGUUUGACCCUUAAAUGUAAAGACUUAAUUCAAGCCAACUGUAAUACGACUAAACCUCACUGACCAGUGCUGAGCAUGGCACUAUAUUUAACUGUGCCAUGUGGUCCUAUACUCAAAUGUAGUAGACUUUACAGUACCACUGUAUGCUUUUCCAAAUUCAACUCUGCAGUAUACACUCCGCUACAUUACAAUACAUUGCACUAUGAAAUAGAGCAGCAUGUUGCACCGUAUCUAAAUAUAAUGGACUGUGCUGAAGUGUACAGUAUGGCCCUUUAGUAUCUUAUGUUGGCUGUUCAGUACACGAAACUGUGCUAUAAUGUCGGACUCCUUUGCACCAGUCUGUUGACUUGUGCUGUAGCAUAGGGUUACAUUUCUAGAUUUGCCUAAUGUCUCUUCAUUCCAGCACGGUUUCAGUAUCAGAUCUACUUUUGGUGUCUGUGAAGAGUUACAUAACUAAAUAAGGUGAGGAAAGUGCAAGGUUUCUGUGAAAGCCUGGAUAAAUGAGAUCACAGGGAGACAUGUCAGAUAGUUGGUUUCCACUGACUUGCCUUUGCUGUAUGUGUGCUGUUCGUAACUGAGUCUCACCUACUACUCAAAUGCUGCUGAUCCUGCAAUUUCAGGGUUUAACUCUUGCCACCACCCACAUGUGCUUAUAGCCUUUUUGUCUAUAGAAUGAGAGGGCCAUUAGCCAGAUUUGUGUGUAUGCUCACUAGCUCAUACAGGAGGAAGAAAAAGGAAAUGUUUUGCUUUUAUUUUUUUCUGUUUUGAGAGAGCACAGCAAAAAAGACAGAGGGGAAUGGUGGUGCUUAUAUGUGGGUCAAGAUUUGGGCUCAGGGGAGAAAUGCUAUUUUGGCUGGGAUUUGGCAGAAUGUGGUUGGGCCAGGUCAGCUGUAGAAGCUCCUCAGGCAUGAAAACUACAGCCACAGCAGGUCACUGGAAACAUGGUUAUAGAGGGUUCUGGGGUCAUGGAGAACCACUAGUAUAUUAUCUGUUGCUCUUGUUCAUGGUACUGUACUUCUCAACAGUACAUUUAGGUGUAUGUAAAAUCUGACCAUUGCCCUAGAGAGUCCUGAUUGCUGAUUUUGGUUUUUUUGAGAGUGGCCAUGAUUUCAGCGUGAUGAAUGGUAUUUACCUGUCUACAUUAGGCCCUGUAACACUAUUCCUGAUAUAUAAUGCGCCAUUAUAUAUUUUACUGAACUGAAGCAUAUUGAACUGGGGUGUACAGUAUACACGGCCACAUGCAUUUGUGUUUGCAAGUGUUGUGUGUGGGUAGAGCAUACGGGAGAGUACAGUGUACGACUGCUGUGAAUUAUUUCAUUACCUCAAAACACAAGGGAUCAAAAAUCAAAAGACUGGCCUGUAUAUAAAUCCUGUUAUGUACUGUACUGUGACAAUAGCAUUCUAGACUGUACUGAGUUACAUGGCACUGUACUUCUACUGUUAUGUGCUCCUCCCUCUAUCUCACUAUCGAUCUCCGCACACUGGUAUUUGGAGAGAACGAGUGGCAGGAGAAAGAAAGGGACAGACGCUAGUGGGAACUGUGGAAAAUGCUGCUGUUACGUUUUGUUGUAGGGGCUUCAGAGCUGUAGUUUCCCAUUGCAUAAUUAGGACCAGGCUUUACAUAAAGAUACAUGCUUAAGGGUUUUUGUUUAGUGAACAUGAAGUUAACAAUGUAGAAUUUGAAGUGAUCAGUCAUAGGCAUGCUGAAGCCAAGAGAACUUUAAUUAGUUGAUGGGAAAAUGGAGUCGCAUAACAAGUUUGCUAUUGAUGGAAACAAUGCACUACAUUUCCCACCAGAGGGUGCUAUGGGUAAAGUUUACAUGUGGUGUUGCAAGUACUUGAGCAGCAAGCUCAAGAAUGUUUUGCAAAUGUAUCUGCAUGUGUAUUUAUGGAGAAAAAAAAAUUGUAUUCAACUGCAGUGCAAUGGGAGUUCUGAUCUACGAACCCUGAAAAGUGAUUCAGUUUUAAUUAUUUUAGAAGAAAGUUUUUUGUUUGCUUUUUUUAGAUUUUGUGUCUGUGGAUUGUGACUAAUUUUGUUUUGUUAGUUGUACAAAUUUGAUGUUGUGUAUGGACGACAGAGGUGGAUGAGCUCAGGAGAUGGGUGAAUGUUGUUUUAUAGAAUUUUUUUCUCUUACUGUGUUUGUGUGCAUGUGUGAGAAUGAGAGGGUAAGGACACAAAAGGAGGGGAGGCCUGAGAGGAUGUACAGAUGAGUCCAGGAGGAAAUUUAGAAAAUCUAGAUGUGA